AUGGAGCGGCCGUACCAGGGCGGCAGCGCGGCGGCGUGCGUGGAGGAAGGCGGCAGGAAAGGCGAGACCUUUGACGACGCCGCCGCGGAGAACCUCCUGGCGAAGCUUCGUCUGAAAUUCCGGUCGGGCGAGACGCGGAACUUGGCCUGGCGCGCUCAGCAGCUGCGCAAUCUGGUGCGAAUGGCGGAGGAGCACGAGGACGACAUGAUGGCGGCGCUCAAGGCCGACCUGGGCCGCGGCCGCAUGGAGGCCCUCAUCGAGGUGCUGGGCGUGUGGAAGGCGGCGAGCCACAUGCUGAAGCACUUCAAGAAAUGGCUGCAACCGUACAAGGUGGGCACGCCGCUGUUGUUGAGGCCAGGGCGGUCAGAGGUGCUGUAUGAGCCGCUGGGCGUGGUGCUCAUCAUCUCGCCCUGGAACUUCCCCUUCCUGCUGUCACUGGAGCCGCUACUGGGAGCGCUAGCAGCGGGCAACGUGGCGGUGCUGAAGCCCUCAGAGCUCUCCCCCGCCUGCUCGCACCUGCUCUCGCGCCUCCUUCCCCUCUACCUCGACUCGCACGCCGUUCAGGUGGUGGAAGGCGGCCCAGAGACAGGAAAGGCGCUGCUGGGGCAGCGGUGGGAUAAAAUCUUCUUUACAGGCGGCACGCCACUUGGGCGCAUUGUGAUGGAGGCGGCAAGUAAGCAUUUGACACCUGUCACUCUGGAGCUGGGCGGCAAAAAUCCACUGUUUAUCGACGAGUCGGCUGACCUGGAGGUGUCAGCGAGGCGGAUUGUGUCGGGCAAGUGCACGAACGCGGGGCAGGUGUGCCUCCUGCCCGACUAUAUUCUGGCCACUAAGGAGGUUGCUGCGACGCUGCUGCCCCAUCUGAAGGCCACCAUGGAGCAGUUUUACGGCAGCAACCCUGCUGUCUGCCCUGACCUCGCCCGCAUCAUCAACACCUCCCACCUGCUCCGCCUGCGGAAGCUUCUCGACCAUCCUGCUACCGCCUCCUGUGUCGUGCACGGGGGGCAGAGCAAUGUGGAAUCGAGGUACUUCGCCCCAACGCUGCUGCUCAACGUGCCCUGGGAUGCCCCCAUCAUGCAGUCCGAGAUCUUUGGGCCCAUCCUGGCCAUCCAAACACUGUCAGGAAUCGACGAGCCCAUCAGCAUCAUCAGCGCACGCCACAAGCCGCUGAGCCCCCAGUGUGAGGAAUCCACGAGGAUGACUCAAGCCUCAUCAAUGCGCGCGCCCCAAGCAUCUCAACCCCCACUCCAGCGACAAUACUUUUCGUCCGCCCAUGUGCUUUCUCUGCGCUUUCUUCGUCAGGUGUCAGGAGUGGACGAGGCCAUUGAAAUCGUCAAUGCGCGCCCCAAGCCGCUCGUGGUGAUGGUCUUCACGUCCCGGGAGGACGUGCGGCAGCGCUUCCUCAAGGAGACCAGCUCGGGGGCUGUGGUGGCCUAUGAGCUCAUCCUGCAGGUGUGGGGGAGGGGAGAGGGUUCUGGGGGGGGAAAGGGAGAAAGAGAAGUAUGGGGUUAG